AUGGCAGAUGUCGCCCUAGGAAUAGCUUCGUCCGUUACCGCCCUCAACCAAAGCAUCACUACUGCCAUUAAAUGUGUCAAGAACGUACACGAUGCGCCUAAAGAAAUUACCCAGUUCUUGACGGAGCUACAGUAUAUGGAGAUCUAUCUGUCCGCCCUAGGCAAGCUUAUUAAGCUAUCCUCCCAAGACGACCCCUGGUUGGAGACAUUACAGCAGUUGCGCGGUCCUCUCCAGGAACUUACGGAGUUACUCAGGGGACUCAAUAGAAAGUUGAGAAGUGGUUCUCCUGGGUGGAAAAAGGGGGCAACGAGACUGCUAUGGUCGUUUACCAAGCAGAGCGUGGACGAUGAUCUGAAGAGGAUUGAACGUCUCAAGACCUCGGUCAUGAGCGCUGUGCAGCUUAACGAUGUCAUGUUAUCUCAUGCAAUCAAGGAUACGGUUGCAGAUGUCAAUGGCACGGUUGAUGUUAUCUUAAUGGACGACAAAGCUGAGAGAGUGGCGAGGUGGCUGACCCCUUUGGAUUACGUCACCAUUCAACGGGCGAAGCUAAAAGAGCGCGUCGGUGACACUGGAGAAUGGUUCCUUGAGUCCUCAGAGUUUAAGAGUUGGAAGGACGGUUCUACGGAGUCCCGUACUUUGUGGUGUCCUGGCGGUCCGGGCGUUGGAAAGACCGUCUUGGCCUCCAUCAUCGUCAACUCUCUGCAGUUGCCGGACUACGAGGAGACAUUCGUCCAGAAGAAGACACUUGUCCUGAAUAUCUUCUGUGAUUACCGAUAUGCGAACGCACAAACCGUAGAGAACGUUCUCCGUAGCCUCUUGAAACAGCGAGUCCAAGCACACGGUCUCUCUGACUCGAUUGCAUUCCUCUAUGACAAUAACACACCCCUUUUCCUUGAUAAUCUCACCGAAGUCCUCGCACAAGAGCUGAAAUCGUUCGACCGUGUCUACAUUAUCCUUGAUGCCUUGGACGAAUUUCCGGAAAAUGAUGGAGGUCAAGAGAAGUUGAUUAAUGCCCUGCGGAUGCUGGGCAGCAAUACUCGACUUCUUGUGAUGUCGAGAGACAUCCCCGCGAUAGGAUCACUGUUUAAGACAGAUACCUGGUUGGAUAUUAGAGCUACCGAUGAGGAUAUCAAGACGUAUAUCAAGACCAAGUUCUCUUCUGGCCGUCUUUCCCACCACAUCAAAGGACGAGGCGAUCUGCGUGAGGAGAUACUCAGCGGAGUAACGAUGAAGGCUGAUGGCAUGUUCCUUCUGGCGGGCAUGCACAUGGACUCACUUGCUGAGACCUCAAAUCGAAAAUCACUUCGAGAUGCACUCACAAAACUGCCAGGAAAUAUAUGGGAGGCGUAUGACAAUGCGCUGGAGAGGGUUAAUAGCCAAAGCGAAGACCGUCAGGAACUUGCGCACCGUGUAUUUGGGUGGAUAGCCUUUGCCAGGCGCCCUUUGACGGUGUUGGAACUGCGGUAUGCAUUGGCCGUGGAACCGGGGAUGACAACUCUAGACCUCGACAAUCUCCAUGAUGAGGACUUUUUGGGAGAUGUCUGUGCUGGGCUUGUCGUCAAGGACGAAACAUAUAGCGAGUGGGAAGAAUUUCAGCUGAGUGGAGCUACAAUGAAGUUCAUGCAUCAAACAACCCGAGAGUAUUUUCAUGACCGCCGAUGCGCUGAACUCUUUCCUCGCAUCCAAGAGACCAUCACGCGCACCUGCUUGUCAUAUAUGUCACUCGACGACUUUGAGCUUCCCACAGAUGUUGAUAAUGCCGACAACGACAACGUUCUCUGCGCUCUUGCUGAAAAGCAUCCGUUCCUGCACUACUCGUCUGUUCACUGGGGACACCAUGCUAGCGGACCAGUGGAACAUUCAAUAGAAGAUGAAAUCGUUGCGUUUCUCACUGACGGCGUUGACUCGGCAAACCGCAAAAAGGUCGCGAACAUCUUUCAUAAAAGAACCGUAUCCAGUGAGGCGCCUGUUCCAGUUCAGUUUGCUAUGGAUUAUGGCCUCUUGCAUAUCAUGGACGUUCUCCUCUCACAUGGAAAGUACCCAUGCAAGGAACCGCUGUUGCUGACAGCUGUACAGCGAGGGGAUCUUGAGAUGGUGAAGCUGCUACUGGACCAAGACAACGUUGAUCCAAAUGCCCUGUCACCCUCAUCGAAACAGACACCCUUGUUGUAUGCUGUAGAAGAGCAGGGCCAUACACAUAUUGUGGAGUUGUUAUUGCAGUCUGGGCGGGUUGAUGUGAAUAGCAAGGGCAGGAAUGGAUGGACACCCCUUAUGAUGGCGGUCAGUCAUGGAAUCAUACCGACCGUCGAAGCCUUACUGAAACACCCUGGAAUUGAUGUUUUGGCGAGAGACGAUGACGGUAAAGCUGCGUACACUCAUGCUUGUCACUCAGGACCAGACAAUGGUGGGAUGGUUACGCUUUUUAAGAAAUAUGGAUGCAGCGCCGAGUUAGAUAAUUAUCAGCCUAUCUAUCUGACGCCUGUCAACUAUCUACGUUCCCAAUGA